AAAAGCGAUUUAGUAGUAAAGAGGUUUGUUAGCUUAAUGAAAUGCUUCGAAAAUAAUAUUGUGAUUGCAGAUGAUAUUUUUUUAUCGCUAGAAAAUGGAGAUAUUUAUCUUUAUGUUGUUGAGCCUUACAAAGAUGAUACUUAGCAUCAAGAUAUUGUUCGUUUAGUGGAUUUGCUACACUUCUGCAAAAUAAAUAGGAAAACUAAAUUAGACAUUUUUAUUAAUCUAUUAAAUUGCUUGCAAUUUUUACAAGAUUUAGAUGUUUAAUAUAUUGAGUUGAAUCCUAAGUCUAUUUGGAUUUAAAAUGAAUAAAAGGUUUAUUUAAAACCAUUUAAUAUUGAUAUCGAAGAAUCUUAUCACUUGUCAGCUAUUUAAUAGACCAAAGCUAAGUACACAGCUCCAGAAAUAUUCUUUUAGUAUAACUAUGGAAAAAAACUUAUAAAUAAAUUGUAUUUAGAAGCAAAAAAGGCAGAUAUAUGGAGUUUAGGUUGCAUUUUUUGUGAGCUCUUUAUUACUGAAAAGCCACUUUUUGAAAGCGAAAAUUUUAAUUAACAAGCUAUAAAAUAUUUUGAAAUUCUAGGAAUUCCAGAUAAGUCAGAAAUAAUUUAUAUUGAGGAAGAUAUUUAAAAAGCAAUAGAUUAAGCAAUAUUAACAAAAGGUGAAUUAUAUAACAUAUCUUAUAUUAAUACUGUCAUACUAAAUUGCAGGACUGAAUAUGAAAAAUAUGUCAUUCUUAAUACCUUAUAAUUCGAUCCUUAAAUUAGAACAAGCUUAAAGAGUCUAUUAGAGGAAUCAUAAAUAUUCCACUAAGAGGUCAAUAAGUUUGUUGAAGAUUAAAAUGGAAUAUCAUAAAAAAUAGUAUAGGAAUAAGAAAAGCAAGAUUGGUGGUAGAAAGACAUAGAUAGUGAUAGUUAAUUUUCUCAGCAUAGUACAUAUUAAGAAAUAUUAGAAAGAAAGAAAAAUAACAUGAAUUCGUUCUAAAAAUUUUAAAAUGAAGAAAAAAAUUGUGAAUUAUCAAUCAAUUUAUUAAAUUUAAUUUAAUUUGAUUAUGAAAACUUAGAAAAAUAUAUCAUCAAGUUAAAAAAAGCAACUUGGUUUGAUUCCUUAAAGUAAUAAAAAAUAUAAAAUGAGUAAGAUAUCUUGCAUACAUUCUAAGAAGAAUCUAAUAAUCAAUUAUUUAUUUAAGCUGUAUUUAAUAUAUGCUACGAUUCUUCUUUUCUUUCAUUUUCUACAAUUAUAUCACCUAAAUUCAGUUAUACUAAAUCCUAGAUAGAAUUCGAUCAUACUGUAUCUCUAAAAUUUGAUUCACAAAAGCUUAGUAGAGCUAUGAAAAUCAAUCCUAUUCAUAUAGAAUUAUAUUUUUUAUUUCAAAACUCUCCAGAAGAUGAAGUUAAUGAUCCUAAAUAAGAGAUAAAAUUUUAAUUUGCUGACUGUUUUGUUGAUAUUGGAUUGUUAUUUUAUGAAAAUAUUCUUAAUCCUAAAUAGCAAAAUAAAUCGAUAACAAAAAUAUUAAAAGCUGUAACAAAUUGCAACGAUGAAUAAAAUUAUGAUGACGAAAGAAUAAAAUGCAGAUUGAAUGAUUAAGUUAACUUUACAAGCAUAAAUUCUAUGCAUAACAAUUAUAAUUCGUAAAUACAGUAAAAAGUAAUAGGAUAGAUUUAAGCAAAUAUUAAGCUUUCAAUACUAGAUAACGGUUAACAGUAAAGUUAUUCGCAAAGAAUUUAUCCAACAAAUGAGAAUUAAUCUCAAAAUAAGUCUAUUAAUUUAUCUUAAAUUUCAUAAAAAAGAAUGAAUAUGAACAUUUAAAAUGAAAAAUAAAAUAAAAUAUUUUCAACAAUUAACACCCAAAAUAAAACAACAAGAAAUACAAAUAAUCAUUAAAGUUAAAUAUAAAAUACAACUAAUAUUACUGAUACAAAUAAAAAUUCAAUUAAUUACAUCCGAUCUUAAAUCUUAGAAACUAAAAAUAAACAUUAAAUUCAAAAAAAUUUAUCUUCUCCAAUACAACUAUUAACAUAAGGUAAAUUUUAUUACAUUUAAUAAAAAUCAAUAAUAAUUUUUUUUCAAUAAAAUAAUCUAUGA